CGACGGUGUGACCCGGCAACUGUCUGCCAGGCGGCCAACGACGACCUCAGCAGCUAACAUUUGUCACCAUGUCGGCUUUGAAGGCCCUCCUCGGCGACACGGUGCAGGGCAAACACGGGCCUGUCGACGUCCAGACGUUUGCCGAGGACGGUUACGUGGUGGGCCUCUACUUCUCGGCCCACUGGUGUCCCCCGUGCCGCGGGUUCACACCCAAGCUGGCGGAGUGUUACAAAGCCUGUAAAGCGGCCGGAAAGAAGUUCGAGGUCGUCUUCCUCAGCUCCGACCGUGACCAGCAGAGCUUUGACGACUACUACAGCGAGAUGCCCUGGCUGACUGUGGGCUUCGGCUCAGAUGUCAAGACCACUCUUGGCGAGAAAUACGGUCUGCGGGGUAUCCCCACCCUGAUUCUUGUUGAUGGCCUCACAGGGGAGACGAUCGCUUCCGACGGCCGCCAGAAGAUUGAUGCCGAUCCUGACGGAAAUAACUUCCCCUGGCGAUAAGACCUGCUAGUCAUUGCCUAGGCGGAGAGUUAGCACUGAUGUUAGAAAUUAAGAAAAAGUUGUUGUUUAUUGAAGUCAAAUCUCUUGUCGUUAAGUAGAUCUCUUAUAUUCUUUAAAUAGAGCGUGACGUGGUCUGUCACUCUGCAGACACCAGCGAGAAUUGAACUCGUAGGUAGAGCACAGCUUUGUCAACACGUCAAAGAUAAUAAAGACUCUUGUCACAAA